AUGAGUAGUGUAGUGGUCAACAAUGGUCAGAAGUGGUCAACAAUGUUUAAGUUCCAACGGUCGUUUAGGACUCCCAAAGAAAUAGCCUGCUUUAAAAUGAUCAAGAAUAAUCACCCAGAUGCUAUUCAUAGCGAUAAUCAUAGCAUUGAUUAUCGUAUUGUUUGCUACUGGAACUCAAAGUCCUACUACUGGGCUAGCAAGGGACAGACCCAGAUGCUAUUCAUAGCGAUAAUCAUAGCAUUGAUUAUCGUAUUGUUUGCUACUGGAACUCAAAGUCCUACUACUGGGCUAGCAAGGGACAGCCUGAUAUAA